AUGAGCGCCAAGAAGGAGUACGACAUCGACUACGACUUCUGCAUCUCCGCCCUGCAGGCACGGCCGGCGAGUGAAUGCGCGACGCUGAUGCGCAUAGGGUGGACGACCAUCGAGCUGGUGAUAAGCAACGUGACGGACACGAGGCGCCACAUCGGUGCGGUGUUGAAGAGCGGGAAGGUGCAGCCUUGGGUGAGGCGGUGCGUGCGUGAGUGCUACGCGCUCUACGACAGUGCCGUCAUCCAAGCGAAAAGGUUGUUGCGGGACUACAUGCAUAAGGACUACCUUGGCGCGGAAUAUCAAGUCGCCGGCAUCGAUAAUCCUGCGGGGAUAUGCAGUCUAUUGUUCGAGGAGGGCAGCCAAGACAUGCCCAUCCCAGGCUGCGGCGGCGGGGUGUCGCCGUUCUCGGCCAGAAAUAACAACGCUAUCCAGUUGUCUGGGAUGGUCAUGUUCGUCCUUCGUCUCCUUCAAGGGACACUGCAUUGA